CUUUAUUGUUUCAGUCUUUCUUUCCCAAUAAUCAGAUCUCUUCAUUCCAUCUCAUUCCUUGUCAUAUUCAGUGUUGUUUGGUUUGUUGAUUUAACUACAGCGAUGAAUAUAGUUCCGGCGAUUGCAGUGGGACAAGCAAUCAAAAAGUUAAAGCUCCGAAAAUCUUCUCCAGGAAGAUCCCGAGUGCAGCAGCGAGGGUCAGUCAGAAAACGACUACAGUCCAGCCAGUCCUUUGUGUCCAGUGGAGAUCAUGACUUGGAGGAUCUGGAAAUGCAAGUGGUUCGUUACAAACCGGAAGGGCUUGAAGUUCUGUGCCGGAAGUCCAAGUUCAGCAAGAAGGAACUUCAGAUCAUGUAUCGCGGCUUCAAACAGGUAGAAUGUCCCACCGGGAUCGUUAACGAGGAAACCUUCAAGGAGAUCUAUGCACAAUUCUUCCCACAAGGCGAUUCCAGUGCUUAUGCCCACUACGUGUUCAACACUUUCGAUCACGACCGAAAUGGCUCCCUUAGUUUUGAGGUAAGUGUUGCUUUUAUAUAAGUAUAAAAUAUCAAGCAUACUGUUCAAAGUGUCCUAUUUAAAGAGCCAAAGUCCAGCU